CACAGGGAAAGAGACGGUCGAACCUUCAGAAAUAGGUUCGAGUGAGAGACAGAGAAAGAGGGAGAGAGAAAGAAAAUAUUUUAUGCAUACGUAGUUGCGUGAUUGCAAUCAUCACAUCUUCCUCCAUUACCAGCUUCGCCAAAGAUUUUUCUUCAGAAAAUCUGAAAAUAUUACCAUAAUCUUGCAGAUAUAGAAAUAGAUUUUACUCAUAUGCAUCAAUUCACAAAUAGGAAACCAAUGGAAUAGCUUUGCCGAUUGCGAUCCAUCUUUUAUUUUAGGGUUUCAUUCAGACCCACAUGCAUUUGGAUGAUUUCACUUGGGGGCGACCUCUCUUGUUCUAAAUCUUAGGGCCAAGUCUCUUCCUUCUGCAAAUGGCUAUGAUGUCAGGACUGGAGGCUUAUGAUGAAAUAAGAGAAAGGAGAUCAGACUUUGAGAACUCUGAAGACGAGAGACGGCGAUCAAAGAUUGGGGUUCUAAGAAAGAAGGCAAUAAAUGCUUCAAAUAAGUUCACUCAUUCUCUCAAAAAAAGAGGGAAAAGGAAAAUUGAUUACAGGAUUCCUCCAGUUUCCAUAGAGGAUGUGCGUGAUGCCAGAGAGGAGAGUGCUGUCUAUGAUCUGCGACAAAAACUCCUUGACAGGGAUUUGUUGCCAGCUAGACAUGAUGACUAUCAUACUUUGUUGAGAUUCUUGAAAGCAAGAGAUUUUAAUAUUGACAAAACCAUCCAGAUGUGGGAAGAAAUGCUUAACUGGAGGAAAGAGUAUGGAACAGACACCAUAUUGGAGGAUUUUGAAUUUGAAGAGCUGGAAGAAGUCCUGCAGUACUACCCUCAAGGAUACCAUGGAGUUGAUAUGGAAGGCAGGCCCAUAUAUAUUGAAAGGCUUGGCAAAGCUCAUCCAAGCAAAUUAAUGGGCAUCACCACAAUCAAUCGCUACUUAAAAUACCAUGCUCAAGAGUUUGAGAGGGCUCUACAUGAAAAAUUCCCUGCGUGUUCCAUUGCAGCAAAGAGAAAGAUUUAUUCAACAACAACAAUUUUGGAUGUGCAAGGCCUGGGUGUCAAGAAUUUCACGAAGACAGCUGCUAACCUCCUGGCAAACAUGACAAAAAUUGAUAACAGUUAUUACCCCGAGACUCUACAUCGAAUGUUCAUAGUUAAUGCUGGUCCUGGCUUCAAGAAGAUGCUUUGGCCUGCUGCUCAGAAAUUUCUUGAUGCAAAAACUAUUGCAAAAAUACAGGUGCUGGAUUCUAAAUCCUUGGGCAAACUACUUGAAGCCAUUGACCCAGGUCAGUUGCCUGACUUCUUGGGUGGCUUGUGCACGUGUUCUGCUGAAGGAGGGUGCCUUAGGUCUAAUAUGGGUCCGUGGAAUGUUCCGGCAAUAAUGAAGCUUGUAUAUCACGCAGAGGCGACAUUUGUGAGGCAAAUCACCGGUGUAUCUAGUGACCUACAGAAAAUUGAUUCUUACAUUCACAUAUGCCCGUUGAAGGGAACAAGCUGUGCUACGUCUACUUUGGAGUCGGGAUCACAUGUUGCUAAUUCUUGUCCUCCAACUAUACGAAGUAGCCCUAAGUUUCCACGCUUGGUCUCAGGUCAUGAAGAAGCCAAGGCAUCUGAGCCAACUGUCUACUACAGUUGUGAUGAUCAUUUUAAUGAGGCUGACAGAGCUACUGAUACUGACCAAGGAUUCAGAUAUUCUCAGGAUCAAUCCCCUAAAAGUGACAACGUUGAGAAUUCAUCUGUUGACUCAACACCGAAUUCUGAAGGCACUCAGGUGAUCCAUUGGUUUGGCACCAUCCAUGAAAAGAUUGUAAAGAGAAGUUUCCGGUAUAUGGCAAGAACAUCGAUAUCAGUUGUUGUCAAACUCCAUGCAUUGCUUCGUAGAAUACCCUCUGAGUCCUGGAGAAGGCACACCAACAUAUGUCCAUCUAAUGCCAUAGAAGACGAAACAAAUGGUCAUUCACCAGUUCCUCCAGAAACUGUCAGCAAAGAAGAUCGUGUCCUUCCAUGUGUACAGCGUCUUCAGAAAUUGGAAAAAUUAAUGGAAGAACUUAACAAGAAGCCUGCUGAAAUUCCUUUGGAGAAGGAGGAGAUGCUUCAGCAGUCUCUGGACAGGAUCAAGUCUGUGGAGUUUGACCUUGAGAAAACAAAGAGAGUAUUGCACGCAGCAGUAGUGAAGCAACUAGAGAUUGGAGAGUUGCUGGAGAAUUUGCAGGAGUCCAAAUUUCGACACCGAAGGUUACUGUGUUGAAUUCUGGAAGUCGAUAUUGGAGCAAGCUUUGCAUCAAGAACCGACUGGUAUAGCAAGAAGUCAGUUUGAAUGGUGUAUGCCUUCUUGGGACAUGGUCAGGCAAGUACACAAACAGAUAAACAGGAAGCGGACGUUUUCUUUUCUUUUUUCCUUUUUUUCCCCUGGUUAUAACUUAUUUCCCCAACUUACAAACAGUAACUGACAGAACCUAGAGCUACAUCCCUGAGGGUUGUUUCUCUGUCCCCUACUCAUAUAUUGAAACAGUGUAGACAAAGAAAAGCUUAAUGCAAUGUUUUACAGUAGUGCGCAGUAUCUUUUUGUUUCCUCUCCUGUUAUUGAAAUACCUUGUAGCAUUCUUUACACUUGGCAUUUGCAGACCAUAAGCC